UCUUUUUUACUUAUUUUGGGACUGACAUUGUAUGAUGUUGAUUGAUUGUUUAAUUUGUCUUGUUUGAACUGGCCUUGACGUUGACAGCUUCCGAGGCUUGGCAAGAAAAAGUCGAGAAGACGAACAAGAGGAAUAGAGAGGGCGAUUGUUGAGCCGCUGGAUCGACUUACAUCGGAAAAUACCACCCACCUCACGCCGUCACCUGACACUACCCAGUCGUCAUUGGGACAUUGAACCUGCUUUAUAGGUCAGGAUUUCAUCAUACCUCACCAUAGUCCGAGUUGGUUACGAGGCUAUUCGGAGGAUCUCCCCCAACACCAUAGGGUCUCGAACGUAUACUGAACAUAAUCCGCAACGACGCAACGAAUAUACUCAAACGGCCUUUUCAUACCAAAACAUAUACCACAAAUCACGACCAGCGAUAAUCAUUUACCACUCUUACGACUCCACCAUCUCACUUCAUUAUCAUGGCCGACAACCAACCCGACGCCAAAACCCCUCCCACGAGCCUGGGAGGGCAAACCGGAGUAGGAACAGGAACACCAAACACCCUGAGCGAAGCAACGAGGGCACAAACAACACCAACACCCUCAAUAAAGGCGACGCCAUCAUCAUCAUUGCCUGCUAGAGCCUCAUCCUCCUCAUCAUCAGCACCAAUAAGGCAAAACACACCAACGCCCUCACAGACGCCUUCACCAACACCAUCAGCACCACCACCGCCGCCUCCGCCUCCACCACCACCAUCAAGUUCCGCCCGCCCUCUCACAACCUUCAUCAUCUCAACCACCACAAACGCAACAUCAACACCCACACCAUCCCUCUCCGACCCGCCACCACUCCCCUCACCAACAUCCAUCCCCGGCGUGAUACCCAUCUCAACACCAGGCGGCGGCGACCUAAUCCCCACGCCAACACCGUCCUUCAUCCCCCCGCCUCCAGCCCCUGUGAUACCAGAAACCACGCCCCUUCUCAGCCUCAUUCCGACACCCACGCCAACACCCACACCGAGCGGCAACGCCAACAGCGGCAGCGGCGGCAUCGCCUCGCCCAGCCAAGCCGAGACCUCGGGCGGCAGCAACGUGAAGCUGAUGCCGGCGCUGCCCAUCGCGUUAGGUUCGGUGGGCGGGGUUCUGAUUUUCGGGUUGGUGAUUGGGAUGCUGUACCGUAAAGGCAGGUGGCCGUUCCGCAGCAAGCGCAAUUUUGCGCAGAUUGAUGAGUUGGAGGUGGAGAGGCAGCAGGAGCUCGAGAGGCAGAAUAAGAUGAAGUGGGAUCCGAGGGUGACGAGGACGUAUAGGACGCAGGAUGCGGGGGUGAACUUUUGAUGAUGCAAGAUAGCAUAGCAGCAAAUUACAGCUGUAGACGAU